AUGUCUCCCCCUACCAUUAACGGUGAUCGAGGCCCUACCUCUGAGCAAGGCAUUUGGGACUUCUCGUCUUCCCACUCCGACGAGCAAUCCUCUCACUCCUCCGACUCUCUCGCCGCGUUAGGGGAUUUAGAUUCCCACCCUUCGGGUGAAGUAACCCAAUAUCUCGAUGAGAGAGACGAUAUACUCCACAGGCUUGCCAGUUUCGACUCUCAGGUCGACCUCAAUUCAAAUGAAUAUGAUUUCUCCAACCUCUCGUCAGAAGAAAUCAUAAGCCAAGGCGAGGCUUAUGCAGACUUCACCCGAUUACUGGAGGAGAAUCUAGCUAACCGAGUUUAUUACGGCGAGCUCCGGGACGCAAUUAUUGCCUCCACUAAUGGUUACCUUACGCCCACUCAGCUCCUCGCCAAGAUGGAGGAACUGAGUCGGGUCGCGGUUGAUAUUCAGGAGAGCAACAAGAAGCUGCGACGUCUGAGUGAGGCCGAAGGCGGCUCCUCGUCUAGAAUUGACGGGGACGAUGAGAAAUCAUCCGAUGAAGAGUCGGAUGAGUCAAGCGACCCCCCAAACUCGCCUGCCGACGACUCCUCAGAGAUCGAGUCCCAGAUUGCUCCCGGAUCAGGCGGUAACUCUGCUACCGCUGCGGCUGAUGGUGGCGCCAGAGAUGCAUCUUUAACCUCCUCAGUCAUUAUCUAUGAUGAUCAGGAUGCCACCACCAGCAACGAGAGUGAAAUCAUCCCUCUUGUUUCAGACGACUACGUCUACAAGAUCGACGUCAAGUCCGUCUUCGAUCCAGCCGAGACCGCCGACUCUCGUCGAGUCCUCCUGAACAAGAUCCCUCAGGGAACCACCCUGACCCAGAUCGCUGACGCGGUCUGCGGUGUCGGAGGAUUGAUCCGAAUCUCCAUCAUGGACAACCUUGGGCACAGCGGCACUGCCUUCAAGCUUGCUUGUGUCGAAUUUCGCGACUCCGCUGCCGCCAAAAAGUACGUCGCCAACAUCAAGGCCAACGGUCUUGAGCUUAUCAACAGCAGCGGACGUUUCUUCAACAUUGAAGUCAAGCUUAUCAACUCAACUUCGUCCUACGACUCCCGCCAUGGGCACCCCCUUGAGUAUGGUGUCGGCUAUCACAGCGAGCAGUCUGGUCGUUGUAUCACUAUGGAGAACUUUCCUACAUCUGCCAUUUGGCAUCUGUUCACUCGAUUCGGAACGAAGUACGUUAUCCGUGCUUCCUUUGUCCCCAACAACAAUCAGAUGAACGGCAAACUGUCAGUUGAGUUCUCCAGUGUCUUCGAGGCUGGCCGACUGUGCUACAUGAUUCUGAACCACGUCUUCCUGCCCUACCAUGGCCCUGCUGCCCAGAUGGGUUUUGGUCCCACUCCCUCAGACCGCGAUGUCGAGGAACUCACCAGUUCCGUGUCCAACACCAUCGCGUAUGUCUCUCCCAAGCACCUCUCUGACGCCUGGAAUGUUCAACCUUUCAACCUCUUCACUCCAUCUUCUAACUUUGCGUACGGUGCUCCCAUUCCCCGACGUGCGGUUACCAGCCGCACCUCGUCCCUGAACGUGGAGGUGGUCUCGCGCACCCCGUCGAUGAAUGCCGUUCCUCCCACCGCGUCAAUGAGCGCCGGGGUUCCUUUCAAUCCUUACAUAAAUGCGGAGGCAUUAGGUACCUCGUCGAUGGUGGAGAUGUCGCAAAAUUCGUCUCUCUGCACAGGAACUGUGGUCCCGCACAUCCUCGUCCGUGAUGACAAGAGCUCCCCUGACCUCCGGGACAUUCAGAUGACCAACGUCACUUUCAACUUCGUCGAUGGGCAGACGAAAUACAUCAUCGUUCAGGGCCAGGUCUAUUCUCGGGAGAUCAACGGUGACAUCUAUACCAAACUCGACGACCAAGAGCUCAUGAAGCUCAAGCAGGAGAAUGUCCUCAAGCCCAACUGGGCUCCGUUCUGGAUGCACUACUGCGAGGCUAACGAGGUACCCUAUCUGCCCAAGUACGCUGAGUACGGGCGUGUUGCGAACAUCCGCCGCAACCUUAACAAGAAGUUCGGAUUGCCAGAGUCUUGGAACCCUGAGCGACUCACCACGAUUCCCAACCAAAUCAAGUCGUACCUCAACCCCAAGUCUCGAAAGGUUGUCUCAACCGCUGAGACUGAACGAAAGUAA